GUGCUAUACCCCUAUAUAUAUAAGUUCCAUGUCCAAUACAUGCCACCAUGCAAAUGACCUAACAACAACAAAGGGUUUGCAAGAGUCCAAAUUAGUACGUUUCAAAUCACAGACACAGAACCCACACCGAACCCUCGUUUCGACCUGUUGCUUCUUCUCCCAUCUUCGUCUUCUUCUUUAGUUGGUCGGUCAUCACAGGCUCACAGCCAUGGUUUCUGCAGAUGCUGCUCGGACUGUGGUCGGUAUUAUAGGAAACCUCAUCUCAUUCUUUUUGUUCUUGUCGCCGGUUCCAACUUUUGUUCGAAUAUGGAAGAAAGGGUCAGUGGAGCAAUACUCACCAGUCCCAUACCUUGCAACCCUAGUCAACUGCAUGGUGUGGACCUUGUAUGGGUUACCCAUCGUGCACCCGGAUAGCACUCUGGUGUGGACCAUAAACGGGUCGGGUAUGGUCAUCGAGGUCGUCUACAUCAUCCUCUUCCUCAUUUAUUCCGACAAGAAAAAGAGGCUUAUGGUGGUUCUGGUGGUGGCUGUGGAGAUCAUAUUCCUUGGUGUUCUUACCGCUCUGGUUCUCACUUUGGCUCACACGCAUACCAAGAGGUCCUUGAUUGUGGGCAUCAUAUGCAUUGCCUUCAACAUCAUGAUGUAUGCUGCACCAUUGACCGUCAUGAAAAUGGUGAUCACUACAAAAAGUGUGGAGUACAUGCCAUUUUUCCUCUCGUUUGCUUCCCUUGCGAAUGGUCUUGCCUGGACUGCAUAUGCUCUCAUCCGCUUUGACCCCUUCAUCACUAUUCCUAACGGGCUGGGCACAGUUUUUGGUUUAGCUCAGCUGCUUCUGUAUGCCACAUACUACAAGUCGACUCAGCGACAGAUAGCAGAAAGGAAAGGCAGGGAGGUGAACUUGUCAGAGGUGACUAUAGAUGAUGAACCCAAAAAGAUAGGCAGCCAUACUAAUCAGAAUAGCCACGCAUAACAUUAACAAGAUGAACUCCGCCAUCUCUGGCAUCCAAUCAUUGGACCGCCGAAUAACUAGCUAGAAGUUCUAAUUAAGAGUCGUUUUUCCUCUCUUUUUCCUUUUCCCUGCAUUCAUCGGAGGACGAUGGAGUAAUGUUACAUGUAUCGCAUUUGGUAAUCGUACUGUGGGUUGUAUCUUUGCAUAAGCGAUACGCAUCUGUACUAGAUGUGUGUUGUUACCUUGAUGAGAGAUGUGAUUUACGAUGCGAUCGUUAAAUACAAGCUCUUAUGUUCACCCUAGUGGCAAUGUUUGCCUACAAAGUGGUGACGUUGUACUUAUGAUCAAGGCACAAGCCUUUUCAAAUUUGCAGCUAUAUGAAAUGCAAGAGUGUGACCAAAUAACAUUUGGUUUUGAAUUAAA